GGGGUGCGCGGCCGGCGCCCGGGCAGCGAGACGCUCCGAGGGUGCCCAGCCAGCUCGGGAGGGGCUGGGCCGGGCCGGACCGGAGGGAGCACGCCCCGGGUCACGCCAGCGCCCGCGAACUGAGCGCGGCAGGGAGCGCACCAUGGACCCCAAAACGGGCGGUGGCGAGGAGGAUGACUGCGUGGACUCGGGCGCAGAGACCGGAGGGGUUCUGUCUUGGAGAAGUGGAGGGGAAGCCCUGACCAAGGAGCGAUAGUACCCUGGGAUCCCAACAAAAAGUAUGACAGCUGCCAGCAUUGCUGGUCUGACUACAGCCACAUGUCCUCCACCAGCAGUGAGCUCUCCGUGGAGGAGGCGCAGGACCCCUUCCUGGUUAGCAUCCACAUCAUCGCGGACCCGGGGGAAUCGCAGCCGCUGCAGGAGGCCAUCGACAAGGUCUUGGCUUGGAUCCACCCGGACCUGCAGCUCUUCCGGGUGUCGGAGAGGAGGGCGUCCCGGCGGCGGCGGAAGCCCUGGAAGGUGGCGCAGCCGGCGCUGGCCGUCGUGCUCUUCCUGCAGGAGGAGUACGGCGAGGAGCAGAUCCUGCGGCUGCACCGCACGCUGCAGCGGCCGCCCUGGCGCCACCACCACACGGAGCGCGUGCCCGGCAGGUUCCUGCCCUACCUGCCGUGCAGCCAGGACUUCUUCACGCUGGCCCCUGGGACGCCGCUGUGGGCCAUCCGGCCCGUGCACUACGGCAAGGAGAUCGUGCGCUUCACCAUCUACUGUCGCCACGACAACUAUGCCGACAUCCUCAAGUUCUACGAGCUGAUCCUCAGGCGCAGCCCCAGCCAGAGGAAGACGGACUUCUGCAUCUUCCCCAUCUUCUCCAAUCUGGAUGUGGACAUCCAGUUCUCCCUGAAAAGACUGCCCUGCGACCAGACCCCCGUCCCCACCGACUCCUCGGUGCUGGAGUUCCGGGUCAAGGACAUCGGUGAGCUCGUGCCUCUCUUGCCCAACCCCUGCAGCCCCAUCAGUGAGGGGCGCUGGCAGACGGAGGACCUGGACGGGAACAAGAUCCUUCUGCAGGCGCAAAGGGUGCACAGGAGGCUCCCUAAGGCCGGCAGAAGCCACCACCCGUCAGAGCAGAGACCUCCUUCCAUGUCUUCCCCGAGCACCGCCACAACGAGCUGGACGCUAGGGGGCAGGCAGCAGCCCCUCCCGGACAGCUCACACCCGGGGCCCCAGCAGGAAUCGGCCAGACGAGCCAGCAGCCCUCCCAGCCUCCCCUGGUCCUUCCAAAGAAGCAAGUCUUUGUUUUGUUUGCCCACAGGAGACCCCUCUCCGGGCUCCUCCACUCUCCCACAGUGGUUUUCAAACACAGACGCCCCAGGGCACAGGGCGUCGGAGGGGAGGCACGGCCACCUCCUCUCCAUCGAUGACUUGGAGGGGGCCCAGGAGACCGACGUGGACACGGGCCUCCGGCUGUCCUCCUCGGACCUCUCUGUGGUCUCUGCUUAUUCAGCGCCCAGCAGGUUCUGCAGCACCGUGGAAACAACCCUCCCCCCUGAAAGCUGCCGCAGCCACUGGUCGAGGCCCAAGGGUUUCAGAGAAGGGCCGCUGCCCACUGGGAGCGGGGUGACCACAGGGUCCGCCUGGGCUUCCCUCCCUUUCUUCACCAAAGGGCCUUCCAGCUCCUCAACCACAGCUGCCGCCCCUCCCCCCGCUCCCGGCACCUCGUCCUCCCCAGAGCCUCCCCGUGAGGCCCCCAGUGCAGAGGAGACUGCGGUCAGGGACGCCCCGCCACCCCCAGUGCCGGCCGGGCCUGUGGACAGUGACAUGGAGGAAUUCUACAUCUGAACACCCUCUCCCCUUGGGUUUCCCUGCGGCCCCUCUGGGCUCCGACCACCACCCGUGCUCUCAGCCGGCUCUCCCAGGUCUGCCGGGAAUCUGUCCGUCUCACGCUCGUUAGCACAUUUGCCACACCACCCAUUCUUACCUGGGAGGUGGCAUAUUUCAGAGACUUGCUGGAAAAAUCCUCGCAUUUUUAUGCAAAUAAAUUCUCGAGCUUAA